AUGUCUAAAUCAGUUUUUGUUUCCGGUGCUACUGGUUUUAUUGCCCAGCACAUCCUUGUGAACUUGCUCCAGAAGGGCUACAAUGUUGUUGGUACCGUGAGAUCCCAGGCCAAAGGUGAACAUUUGGCUAAGUUGUUGGGCUCGCCAAAUUUCUCGUAUGAGAUUGUUGCUGAUGUGGAGCCAGCAGGGGCUUUCGAUGAGGCUUUGAAGAACCACCCAGAGGUUACGAUUUUCUUGCACACCGCCUCUCCAUUCCACUUCAACACUUCUAAUGUUGAGGAUGAUUUGCUUAAACCUGCUGUCAACGGUACCAAGAACGCCUUGGCCGCCAUCAAGAAGUAUGGACCUCAGAUCACCAACGUGGUUGUGACAUCGUCUUACGCUGCCAUCUCGACGGCUGGAACAGAGGAAGACCCUAACCAAGUGAACAACGAAGAGUCUUGGAACAAAACCACUUGGGAGGAAUCCAAGACCAACGCUGUUUUGGGCUACCGUGGCUCCAAGAUGUUUGCAGAAAAGGCCGCUUGGGACUUUGUUGCGCAGGAGAAGCCUUCCUUCACCAUCAACUACAUCAACCCAUCCUUCGUGUUUGGUCCACAGGCUUUCGACUCCGAGGUCAAGGACAGCUUGAACACCUCUUCUGAAAUUAUCAACAGCUUGUUGAAGUUGCAACCAGACUCCCAAGUGCCAGGUGUAAAGGGAGGAUUCGUUGAUGUCAGAGACGUUGCUAAGGCUCACUUGGUGGCCUUCGAGGAGCCAAUUGCCAACAAGAGAUUGUUGUUGAACGCAGGCAGAUUCUGUGGUCAGGACUUGGUGGACAUCUUGAACGCCGACUUCCCAGAAUUGAAGGGUAAGAUCCCAGUCGGAGAGAAGGGUGCAGGUAAAGCCAUUAACGAUGCCAUGUGUAAGAUUGUCAACGAUGAGACAAAGAAGAUUCUUGGAUUCCCCUUGAUCGACUUGAAGACCAGUGUUGAUGACACCAUCACUCAGAUCAUUAAGGCUAAGGGCAAGCUUUGA